AUGUCGCUUUCGAGUGUGAUCCUAUUCGUGGAGUUCGAAGACGCUAACCAGCUGCAACCAAAGGCCGCUGUGGCGCACUCAUCGUCCGCGUUGAGGGUGCGUUUCGUGGUGGCGCAGACACGGCGGUCUCCGGGAUGGUGUAAAAUGGUGGCAAGUGCCAUUCUCUCCAAUGUGUCAGUGGCCACUGUUGGUUAUGGGAAAAAGUAUUCACACAUGCGACGUCUGUUUUGGGUCAUGGAGUACAUUGAAGAAGAGGGACUUCAGGACAGGGAUAUUAUCGUGUCGUACGAUGGUUCAGACACGCUUCUCACUGGCGCCCUCACAGUGCAGCGGGCUCUGAAGAAGUUCAUUGCCACGACAGCGCCUACUGUCGAUGCUUUUGAUGCGGAAGCUGUGCGACGCGGUGAUGCGACAGCUCCGCUGUUGUUCACAGCAGAGGGAAAUUGCUAUCACCCGCAACUGUCCGAAAAUGUUAAAUGGGGAGUCUCCAAGGGCAGAUGCAUCUCCUUGUACAAGCGAGCUGAAAUGAAUGCACUGGGUCAGAAGGGUGCCGAAGCUGGGGGAAGGCGGAAAAGAUUACAUUUUCUCAAUGCUGGCGGCUAUGUGGCUCGUGUAUGGGCCCUGAAGCGAGCGUUCACCGCAUAUCGUAGUCUGAUGGGUCUUAAGCGGUGGUGGUGUGACCAGAGCGCUUGGGGGAUGUUGUAUUUGUGGAGCAUCACACAGAACUCGUCUUCGGCAAAUGAGGCACGUAUUCCGUAUGGUAUUGUAAGUCUAGAUUUUCAGAAUACAUUCUUUUUGUCUGUGCAUGGUAUGCGCCUUGGAAAGGACAUAAUGUUGUGGAGCUCCACUUCUGUUGCGGAAAUUGUGGAAGGUGGCAGGUUGCCAUUUCCUCUUUUCUUUAACAUUGACGGCAUACCCGAUGCCACUCCUGCCAUCCUGCACAUGAAUGGUGUGGGGCGGAAGGAUCGGGUUGUUUUGGAGGAGAAUCUGCGGGGCCACACCUCCUGGUUUGUGGAGGCAAAUCGCACACCUGAGGCGCUACAUGCUGCCAAGGAUCUGCUGCAAAAUGGCGCUCUUCUCGAUCUGCAUGGAGUCAGCGGUGAGACCAAACGUAUCCCUUUUGGAGACGUGUGUCGUGGUAUUGAUCUUAUUUAG